CCUCCAGUGUAUAAAAAAGAGCUGGACAGUCCCCCGAAGUAAAUGAGGGCUAGGUGCUCCAGUCUAAGGGUAGACAGGAAGUAGAGCAGAGUGGCACACAAGCACCCCAAAGAAUACAACAGCGCUCCGAACAUAACGACGUCCUGCGGAGCCAAGAUUUCAUCCACUAGAGUCCUGUCGUCGCUCUUCUUGUGGUCAAUUCCUUUGGAGAAGUCAUAGUAGGUGUUCACAAGGUUUCCCGCCCCGUGGACCAUCAGGACGGUCACCGCGCACACCAUCAGGAUGACCAAGUCCACAGAACCCCCCAGUUUGUACGCCAAGGCGCUGCCGAGGGCCACCGGCGUGAGCGAGGCGCUGAAGCUCCACGGCCUCAGUGCGAGCACGUAGGCCGCACACUUGAGCCUCACGUCUGAAGCGACGCGGGCCAUCCUCGACAUGUGGCUCGUGCCUGGAGGAUGAUGGGCCAUGUUACUCAGGCCAGUCUGCCAUUCUUGGCCAUUGUGACCAUUUGAUCCAGCCAGUACAAAAGUUUCCACCCUGCUUUGUUUCUGCUCUUUGGCCAUUCUUCUGCAAAAGGGGGUCGGACUGUACCAGCAAUGUUUCCAAAUGUCAAGAGUCUGGGGUUCCUGUAGCAGUGAAAACAGACAAAGUUACAAGUCUAGAUAGGUAUUGUACCGGUUCUAUAAUAAAGGGCUGAGUAACACAUUUCAGAACUCUGAGGUCUAAAGAAAUGUGUAGCAGCACCGUGUAAGCACAAACAUCAAUUAUUAUUGUAGGUUGGCAUGAUCAAUUGGUGAGAUUGUAAAGAUUUCCUGAUAUUUAAGUCAAGACUAUGGACUAAUAUAAAUAUAUAUACACUAUAUUUUGUAUUUUAAUGCAUCCCUCUAGAGCGUUCUGAAGUAAACAAAUGCAUUGAUGAGUUCGUUAAAUUAUAACAGGGCUGCAUGAAGUCUAAAUUUCCCACACUAAAGUUGCAAUAACGAUAUUGUGCCACACCCAACUCUUUUUCCAUAUGUUAGCAAUUUAUUGUUGCCUUCCUUACAGAUCACAGUAUAAUUUAUAUGUUCAUCAAGUUUAAUUAAGCAUUCACUUUUACAUAAUCCGACAAUUUAAGACGUUUUCCAUAUGUUACAUUUUUACGUCGUACAUUUAGUUUUAAGUAGGAGCAUUAAUUGCAUGAUAAAUAUUGUUGCAGCAGAUCUGUAAGAGACCAAAGCAGGCCCAUUGGGUAGAGGGUCUGGUAUUAGCUAUCUGCUGUGUAAUAAAGUGAGCCACGUUACAGUAACGUUAGUUGCUAAUUGUUUGGCUUGCCAACACACGUGGCAUUUCGUUUAAAACCACCCACACUCAGAUACUGGAGAGACUUUGUUACUACCAAACACGCUUGCGUCUUCGAUAAAGACACCGUGUCCAGGAGGGGCAAACAACCUCGGGCUAACUCCUGAGAUUAUGGGAUUAAAGCUAACCGGUCAGCCACGGAGCUAAUGUCUCUCUGCAGGGACAGAGGGGAGGAAAUGUCUGACAGCGGCUCUCACCUGUUAUGUCUUCACCGUCCGACACAAACUGGCUUUCUCUCCACUUGCAAACAUAUUUCUGUGCCCACUGACCCCGAUACGGCGAGAGACAGUUACAUGUCUAAUGCGUCAACUUCGAAGGUACUUGACUGGUUGGCAACUAUAAACCGUUCUACACCUGAUGGCCGCCAUUUCCUCCGCGAGUUGUGCAACUUCGUACAGGGGUCGAAGAAACAGCUUCUCGUACAAUGGUUCCGACUAGCAUUUUAUUCCUACAAACAAUUACAAAUACAAAAUGUAUAUAUAUAUUUAGUUUAUAGAGAGGAGUUAAAUACUAAACAUAAAUGAAUUAUAAAGGUUAUUCCUCAGAUUAUUAACAAUAAGGACUUGCUGUAAUUUGUACAGAGUCAAAUAAAAUAAAAAAAGUAAAGUACAUACUUUACAUGCACAUGCACAUGCACUGUGUUCACAUGAAUUUGCUGGAGGAAAAAUCCUGUGAUAGAAGAGGUAUAUUAUUUUUAACCAUGAGUUACAAUGUUGUGUUCACAGAGUUUAAACAAAUCCAGGUCAACCCUUGAAGCUAACAUGUACAUGGAUUUUAGAACAAAGACUGCAGCAAUACGCAUUGGCUUUAAAACAUGUUAACUAACACCCCUUCAUCAUUUAUGCUGAAGUUGAGGGUCGCUGGAAUUUUGACUCACAUGUAGGAAAAGCACAGGUGGAAGUAAUAUUGUCAAAGACAUAUCUAUUCCGCUUACGUGUCCCAUAAACCAAGCCAAUGAGCCAAAUUGCACAACCACUAUAACUGUAAGCACCAGUUGUGUUAGAUCCCAGAGGCCUGAUUUGAUCUUGUAUUCUUAAUCAUGGGAUUAAAAAGGGAAACUCAAACUCACGGUGUUCUCCCCUGUCUGCCCUGAAAGUGUCUGUGCAUGAUACAAAAUUGGGAUAAGGAGAAGCCUCAACUACUGUUUUUUACCCCAGCAGCAUUACAUAAAUCUCAGAAAAACUUGUUCAAAAUAAGCCAUCUGAUUCUGCUUCCACGGAGCUCCAACGAGUGGUUUGAUGGGCAGAGCGCGUUUGGUUUUCAUUAGAUCGUCUCGACGCUGAACCAAUGCCCCAUCUACAGUAAUAUGAAACCAGAGCUCUGGCAGACGUACUGUGCGGAAGAGAGCCGAACAGAUGCAGUCUGCACCGCUUUUACUACCCGGUCCGCAGGUUUAACUGCGCUGCCGCACACAGCACCAGAAGCUACCCACGUAGUAACAACACACUGCCGGACGGUGCAAUGGCCAAGGAGUAAUGUUCGCGGGCACAGAUGAUAAACCUGCGUAGUCUUCUCUGAAGGAUUAUUUGUUUUCCCCCUGGAGGUGUGAUAUCGCAGCCAUGGCGUGCUGUCAGACUCCCAGAAGUUUGCGAAGAGGCGAAUGGGGCUUCGCUCCUCUGCUGGCUGCCGCGCUUCUCAGUAUUCUGGUCGCAGGGAUGCAACAAACCACCGCGUUUCCUUCCUGGAGGUUAGAGGAAGAAGCUUACACCACUGUGUUGCUCAUCGGGAUCCGCAAAGAGGCCCAGUCACAAGUGCUUCACCUCUCCAGGAACAAGCGCUACACCCUCACCCCGGAGCAGCUCAAAUGGGACAAGUUGAAGCUAACAUACAAGUUGCUCUCCUUCCCCACAAACCUGAUAAAUGCCAGCGACACGCGCCGAGGCAUCGCCAAGGCUUUUGGCAUGUGGAGCGACGUCUCGCCGUUCAGCUUCAGAGAGGUGCCAGCUGACCAAGAAGCAGACAUGAAGAUCGGCUUCUACCCCAUCAACCACACCGACUGUCUGCAGUCCUACUUGCACCAUUGUUUCGACGGCAUCACAGGAGAAUUGGCUCAUGCGUUCUUCCCGCCAACUGGCGAGAUCCACUUUGACGACCACGAAUACUGGAUUCUGGGAAACAUGCGCUUUAGCUGGAAGAAAGGGGUUUGGCUGACGGAUCUCGUCCAUGUGGCAACUCAUGAAAUUGGCCACGUCCUGGGACUCAUGCAUUCCUUGAACCCGAAGGCUAUAAUGCACCUGAAUUCAACUCUGACAGGGCGCAAGCUAAUCACGCAGGAUGAAGUGUGGGGCUUGCACCGUCUCUACGGAUGUUUGGACCGCUUAUUUAUCUGUCCGGCCUGGGCUCGGAAAGGCUAUUGCAACAGCAAGCGGAAGCUGAUGCAGAAGCACUGCCCCUCCAGCUGUGAUUUCUGUUAUGAAUUUCCUUUCCCCACUGUGGCUCCCACCAUGACACCCCCGAGGACCAAACACAAGCUGGUCGUCGAGGGCAAGAAGCUCACUUUUCGCUGCGGGAAGAAAAUAGCAUCGAAGAAAGGCAAAGUAUACUGGUACAAGGACGGGGAGCUGCUGGAGUUCUCUCACCCCAACUACAUCUCCUUGAAAGACGACCACAUUACCAUCGUGGCCAACGCCAUCAACGAAGGCACAUACACCUGCGUUGUGAAGAAAAAAGACAAAGUCCUCACGAACUACUCGUGGAGAGUGCGCGUGCGCUUCUGAGGGCCUCCGCACACUGAACGGGACGCAUCCACACACGCGGUCACAUGGGGACCUCGUUCACAACGGGCACAUAUUUCUUUUUAGAAAGAAAAAAAAAAAAAAAAAAUAACGGUUCUUCCUGUAUCUUCCACGUCUAAUCGACGAUUGUCAUUGUGUAAAUGCGUGUUAAUAUGUGCAAAUAAUAAAUGAUCCGUGACAAGUAGCACUCUAGUGGAAAUACCACCUGACUGUGAAAAGAUGUUUAUGACAGACGCUGCGGUUUUUCAUUUUAUUUGGUGAUGAAAGAUCCGUGCGUUGUUUUUGGACAGUAACGUCUACUCUGGGUUCAUAGAGUCUGGAUUUGUUCAAAGCUCUUUCUACUGCUCGGGCAGUAAUGGUUCAAGGCCACCCAGGGGUUCUUGAGGGGCGCCUACCUAAGAUGUGAACUAAUUAGAUAUUACUUCUCAUAUACAGUGAACACAAAAUCUUCCUGGGUAGGACCCUGAGAGAAAGUGUCAUCCAAAAUACAUCCAUGAGCCCAAAGUAUGUUUGUUUAGGGGUCUGAACAACUUCCAGGAGCCAUUGCUUUGAUGCAUGCCUUUUGGAUAAUUUACACACUGACCAAAUUAAACGACUUAAGCCAGAGGAAGCAAUGCCGUCUGCAUCCUUUGGAACUAUUUGGACCGUAAGCCACACAUGGAACACCUCAGACGUCUAGCUUACUUUACUAGCCUCACAGUGAAGCCAACGGUCUGCCUCCAGAGACCGAGCAGUCAGUUCCACUAGCAGCUCAUUCCGUCCCAGU